CGCGGGGCUGGCCCGGGGGCAAUCACUGCAGAGAGCCAAACCCCGAAGCAGGGGCGGCGGCGGCGGCGGUGGUGGGUGGAGGGGUCUGCCUGGUUGAUUUUUGGGGUGUGGGGGGGCAUUCAUUUAACCAGCGUGAGAAGAUGGCUGGGGCUAUCAUCGAGAACAUGAGCACCAAAAAGCUCUGCAUCGUCGGGGGGAUCUUGUUGGUUUUCCAAGUGAUCGCCUUUCUGGUGGGAGGUCUGAUCGCUCCCAGCCCCACCACAGCUGUUCCUUACACAUCGGUGAAGUGCAUCGAUCUGAGAAGGAACCACCACAAAAGCAAGUGGCUGAUGCCCUGGGGGGACAAACCGUGUGAGAAGCUCAAAGACUUCGACGAGGCAGUGAGCAGGCAGAUCGAGGCCAACGACAUUGUCUUCUCUGUCCACGUUCCCCUCCCCAACAAGGAGAUGAGUCCUUGGUUCCAGUUUAUGCUUUUCAUCAUGCAGCUGGACAUCGCCUUCAAGAUGGACAAUGACCUAAAAGAGAAUGCAGAGAUUACCCUGGACGUGUCGCUGGCGUAUCGUGACGACAUGCUGGAGGAGUGGCGAGAAAUGACACAUGCAAUAGAGAUCAGGAAGCUGAAGUGCACCUUUGGCUCACCAAAAACCCCGGAGUCCGAAGGCCGUCACUACGACUGCGACUUCCUGCCCUUCAUGGAGAUCGGCAGCGUGGCCCACAAGUACUACCUCAUCAACAUCCGCCUGCCCGUCAACGAGAGGAAGGGCAUCAACGUGGGCAUCGGCGAGAUCAAGGACAUCCGCCUGGUGGGCAUCCAUCAGAACGGGGGCUUUACCAAAGUGUGGUUUGCCAUGAAGACCUUCCUCACCCCCAGCAUUUUAAUCAUCAUGAUCUGGUACUGGAGGCGGAUCACGCUGAUGACACGGCCUCCCGUGCUCCUGGAGAAGGUCAUCUUUGCUCUGGGGAUUUCCAUGACGUUCAUUAACAUCCCUGUGGAGUGGUUUUCCAUUGGGUUUGACUGGACUUGGAUGUUGCUCUUCGGAGACAUUCGACAAGGCAUCUUCUAUGCCAUGCUUCUGUCGUUCUGGAUCAUCUUCUGUGGAGAGCACAUGAUGGACCAGAACGAGCGGAAUCGUCUCUCUGGAUAUUGGAAGCAAGUUGGACCCAUAGCUGUUGGCUCCUUCUGUCUCUUUAUCUUUGACAUGUGUGAGAGAGGAGUGCAGCUGAAGAACCCCUUCUACAGCAUCUGGACCACUGAAGUUGGCACAGAGCUGGCUAUGGCCUUCAUCAUAGUGGCAGGAAUCUGCUUGUGCCUCUAUUUCCUCUUCCUGUGUUUUAUGGUCUUCCAGGUGUUCAGAAACAUCAGUGGAAAGCAGUCAAGCCUUCCAGCCAUGAGCAAAGCUCGGCGCCUGCACUACGAGGGGCUGAUUUUUAGAUUCAAGUUCCUGAUGCUCAUUACCCUGGCAUGUGCAGCCAUGACAGUCAUCUUCUUCAUCGUGAGCCAGGUGACAGAAGGCCACUGGAAGUGGGGGGACAUCACGAUCCAAGUGAACAGCGCCUUCUUCACUGGCAUCUAUGGCAUGUGGAACCUCUACGUCUUCGCCUUGAUGUUCCUCUAUGCACCAUCACACAAGAAUUAUGGUGAAGAUCAGUCCAAUGGUGACCUGGGUGUGAACAGUGGGGAAGAACUUCAGCUCACCACCACCAUCACCCAUGUGGAUGGACCCACGGAGGUUUAUAAGCUCGCUCGGAAGGAGGCUCAGGAGUGAUGCUGAGGUACCCUCAGCUGGCAGCCAGGCUGGGGUGGAGAGCAGAGAACAACAGAAUGCCCUCGGGCAAGGAGACCUCUCUGACCUAACCUGCUUCUGGAGCACCCCAUCUCGUGGUGGGUGACACCAAGCAGUGUCACCUAGCAGAACAUUUGUAACCUCUUUGAUAUGGUGUAGUUAUUUCUGGGGGGAGGGGGGAGGGCUUUGUCUAUUGUGUUACACUCCAGCACCUACCAACCUGCCAGGAGAGCAUUAAGGUUGCAAAGUCGUGCAGUCAGGAAGGGACAGAGGUGACCUGGGGUGGCUUUGAUUUGGCUCUUGUGUGCCUGUGCGUAAAGGUGGUGCCUGGAGAGCUCAGUUGAGGAGCACCAUGUUCAGUACUGAUGAUUUGGGUUAAUUUUCCUUCUCAUGUACAGCCUUAAGGUGCUGCUUGAGGGGGAAGCUAAAGCCUCACCAUAAAACCAUGGAAUUCCACCAUCUGCAAUGAUGUGGAACUUUGUUUGAGGUCUUCAGCAGAGCCCUGCAGCUCCACAGUCAACCUCUGUCAAUCGGAGCAGACUAAGACUGAGCAGGAGCAGCAAGAUGCCUCCUCAGUAGGUGUUUGUUAAUGUAGGGGAGUGUAAAAGCUGCCUGCCUGAAGAGAAAAGAGUGCUCCUGCCCUGAGUUCCCAGAGAACACCACUCCCAGCACCAGCUCGUGCCUGCUCUCAGCCCCACUGCCUGCCUUGAGUUUUGUUGUCUUCCUCUGUUUUACCUUUUUUGGGUUUUGUUACAGCUCCUUCGUUUUUGUACUGCUCAGUGCCUUGGGGAGAAGGGAGAGGCCAUGGCAGGGGUGGUGUCCUUGGUUCUGCUGCCUGUGAGCUGGGCAGAGGACACCAGGCUGUCCUGCCAGGAUGGAGCACGAGUGGCAGAGCUGGAUUGUUCAGAGACUACUGGACUUGGCAAAAAUCCACUUGUCACACGCUAGUAACACAGCUUUUCAGAGCAGAAGGAUGAGAUAAGGUCACUCACCUUCAUGCCAGGCCUUGCUAGGUGUGGAGUGAAAGAGUAAACUGCUCUGUGCUGGCAACCAGUUAAGAGUCUUACUGGUGUGUGUGGGAAGAAGGGUGACCAAGGAGGGUCUGUGCUCCACUGUGGAGGAUCCAGAGAGGCCUCAUAACCUGCAACUAGUAAAUCCCUGGAUCAUCUGCUAGGAAAAUGUAACUCAGUCUCCACAAAUUUUGUCCCUAAAGUGGAAGAAUCUGCUGCUGCUGUCUGGUGAGGCAUGAAGGGAGACCUUCCAGAGCUGCUGACAGGCAGUGGUGGAUGCAUUGUCCUGGGGAAAGGUGACCCUGGUCCUUGGAUUCUUAGAACUUCUGCCAUGACCCCUUGCUCUGUAUUGCAUUGAGGCUGCAAAAGGGAAGGGAAAUUGGGGAACACUAAGAGUGAGGUCACCUCACUUGACCCUGGUUACUUGAACUGGAACUCUGAGCAUCUUGUCCAGGUCUGGGGUGGGAUUUCUUCUAGAGAGGAAUGACACUGCCCCUGCACUGGAAGAUGUGAAGGAGAAAAAGAGGGGCACAGUUGUUAGAUGUGGAGGAAGUGCUGGGACAGCAGCUUCACCCCAGGGGUGGCAAGAUACCACUUUUUAGUAGCUUCAGUAAGGAAGUAAGUCCUAGCUUGGGCUCCUGCCUGGGUUCCUAGCUUGGGCUCCUGCCUAGGCUUUUAGGCUUGGGGACCCAGUUUGAGCUCCUCCCCAGGCUCUUAGUUUGGAGGCCUAGCUUUGUCUCCUGUCUAGGCUCUUCACUUGAGUUCCUGCCUAGGUUCUUAGGUUGGGGUGCAGCCCAGGUUCCUAGCUUGGGGUCCUGACUUCAGCAGCUGUUCCAGCUCCAAAGUGAAUCAAACCAAUGCACAUCUUCGUGGCUCUGGCUGCAUUCCCAACUUGAGUGCUUGACUUUGCAGCUUUAAGGUCCUUUUAUUUUGUUUGCUGUUGUUGUUGAUAUUUAUGUUGUUCUGGUAGAUGUUGUCCACGGUUUCCUUUUUUUUACAGCUUAGUUUUCUAAAGGCUCCUGUGAAAUUGAGGAGGGGGAGACUGCAGCUCUAAAAGCAAACUGUGUCCAACACCAAGGAUCUGGGUACCGGGUGUGUGUCUGCGACGCGUGCAUGGGGUGGGUGGGUUGGGUUUGGUUUUUACCUCUUCAUUCCAAAGCCCUACUCAUCUGUCAGGUAGUCCCUGGGUCAGGUUAAAAUCUCUCCUUUUUAUGGGUAGGUUUGAGUAGAGUUUUUACAGAAUGCUGUAGGCAACCUGUGAGAACUGUAGUUGUGUUAAUUUAAAUAAAAUCCCCAAACUCGUGGA